UACAUGCCUGCAAGCUUACUGUUUACACCUGCAGAUCCAGAGCAUGUAAAAUGGCAAAAAAAUUGUAAAGAAAGAUAGAAAUGGAAAGCUGGGAGAUGAGACGACUGACAGACGAUGGGGGGGCAGAGCGACCAGAAAGAGACAUAAAACCCUCCACACUUCAGCAUCCACUGCCCUCUCAAAGUGUUUUCAUUUGCUAUUGAUAGGUUAACCGGUAGCGUUAGGAAGCAACCGUCCCUUUCACUCUUUGAUAAACAACAGCCACAGAAAAAGACCACCACCACCACCGGCACAAAAUCUCAUCCUGCACCCACUAAGCUUCUUCCAGCUGCACUCACAAAUUGCACCUCCCACAUCACAGACCCAAAGCAAAGGAAGAAGAAGUCAAAUGGAUACUCAAUUUGGAUGGGGAGAAUUCUCCAACAACCCAUUUUCAACAAGUUCAGAAGUCCGAGCAAUGGAUGAUGAUCUCGACGACUCCCCUUCCCAUGCCUUCACGUUUCCUUCUCAGAUUCAGAGCCAUCCUCCUCAGUUCCUUGCAGGGUGUUUUCUUCCUCCAAUAUCUGCUGGCUUCAAGGGGAAUAAUAAUUACAUGGUGGGUUGCUCGAAUCAGAAGAGUGGUAAUGAUCACAUCUUCAAUGUUGGGGAUGAAAAUAAUUGGUGGGGGGGCAUGCCGGCUGCCGGCGAGAAGGCCGGAAACGUGAAGGUGAGAAAGAAGAAGAGAGAGCCCAGAUUUUGUUUCCAAACACGGAGUGACAUCGAUGUGUUGGAUGAUGGAUAUAAAUGGAGAAAGUAUGGACAGAAAGUUGUGAAGAACAGCCUUCAUCCGAGGAGCUACUAUCGCUGCACUCACACAAAUUGCCGCGUCAAAAAGAAGAUUGAAAGGCUAUCAGAAGAUUGCAGAAUGGUGAUAACAACCUAUGAAGGUAGACACACACACACUCCAUGCAAUGACCUUGAUUCCACUAAGCAUGAGUGUUUUCAUUCUUUAUAGAGACGCUAAGGAAGAAAACCUAUUUUGAGGCUUAGGAAAAGCGGAUGCUGACUUGGUGUACGUUCUUUGCUAUUACUACCAUUAUGAAAACUCUCGACUUCUAAAACUCUCACGAUCAUGAAAGUUUUGUGGUUAUAAUAGCAACAAGUUUAUAUUUAUAUAUAUUAUAACUCUGUUCAUCAUGAUUUGACUGUUUUUUUUUUAAAUAGCAGCAAGAAACUGCACGCGGAAUGUGAUAACUGCAACCUCUAGGGCAUAUAUUUACUUAGGCCACUUGCGCAAAAGGUGGCGCCCGUAAGAUCUUUGACUGCCAAAGCUCAAACCAAGAAUAAGCUGUUGAAAGGAUAGCAUCGUUAGUGACAUGGCCUUUUUUUACAUGACUGAGUGCUAUUUAAUUAAGGUUGCGUUUGAUAGCUUGGAUUCUUAGAUUCGAAGCUACAUCUGAAUGUGAUAGCUUCUUAGAUUCCAGACUGCAUAAAAAUGUGUGUUUUGAGAGAUCUUCAGUUUAAAUAAACUGAGAACCUAAUACAUGCUACAUGUUAAAAGCCAUGAAUUUAAGGUCGAACGGAAGAGGAUCACUGUAGUGAAACAAACACAAAGGCUAUUACAAAUUCCUUGUCUUUCUUUUUUAUUUUCUAUUUUUUCCGUUUGGAAAAUUGUGGGAAAACCAUUGCUCAAAGGCAUGAAGACUUUUAAGUGCUUCAAGAUUUUUAAGCUUU